AUGCCGAAAGACAAGGAACGCUCCGUGAACCCCGCGCAAGCGCAGCGAAAGCUCGAAAAGCAGAAGAGCUUGAAAAAAGGAAAAGCCGAGGCGCUGGCUCGCCGAAAUGAAAAACUGGCCCGUCGCAAUCCAGACCGCAUCCAACGGCAGAUCAACGACCUCAAAUCAAUAGAGGAAUCUGGUCAGCAGUUACGUCCCCACGACAAGCAAAUCCUCGAGGCGCUGGAGAAGGAUCUGCGCGCCGUACAGAAGGCCCGAGAGGCUUUAGGCGAUAAGGCACCCAAAUUCGGAGGCUCCGAGUCCAGACGCGGGGGCUUUGGUGGACGUGGACGCGGGGACGGUGGCGUGCUGGGGAAGCGGAGGAGAGAUGAGCGUAGUCAUUUCGGCCAGGAGAGCGACAGCAGUGAAACGGAUGAGGAUGUGCGCAGGAUUCCUAUGCCACGGGAUACCCCCCCUCCCAUUCCCCGAGAGUACCAGAGGAGAAGAGGAACAGACCAGGAUGCAGAUCAAGCUCGUACUCGGGGACCUCAUCCACUGCCGGCGAAACCAGCCGUGACAGAGUCUAAGACCGUUUACGAAGCUAAGCCAGAAAUCCGGGAUCUACGAAAAGAAGCCAUCAGCAAGUUUGUCCCAGCUGCGGUCCGGGCCAAGCAGGAGGCCAUUCGAGGCCAAGGAAAGCUGCUGGAACCGGAAGAGAUGGAUAAGUUGGAAAAGGCGGGUUAUCAAGCGAGUCUUUCGGAGGGAGCCGAAACUUCGAAAGAAUCACUCGCUGGCCAGGAUCCUGAAGAACUGCAGAGGCUACAAGAGGAAGAAGAGCGGUUUAACCGGGAGCUACGGUCUGUACAAAUCGAAGAAGUGGAGGAUGAGGAAGCAUGA